CCUGCGCCUCAGCCCGUCACCUCGAUAGCCGAAUCCGCCGCUGCCUCCACGGCGUGGGGCUGCGCCGGCGGCUGCCCUUCCCCUCCGCGGGCCCCCUCGGUCCCCAGCCCCGCAGCUCCACCCGGCAGCCGCCGCCCUACACGCAACGCGCCUGCGCAGUGCGGUUUGCGCGGCCAGCGGCUCCGCCCGCCGCCCUGUGCGGCUGCGGCCCAGGCUAACCGCGUGCCGUCGAGCGGUGGCACGCUGCGGCGUCGCUCGUCGCCUCCCACCGGACAACGGCCACUGCAUCAGGCGCGCGGCAAGCUACAGCCCGCAGCCGGGCAGGGGCAGCGCGCCCCGACCCCUCAGCCGACCGCUCGACUGGCCGAGUCCCCAACGCGACGGCCACCAAUUGCAGCAGGUGCACGGCAGGAGGCAGGGGCACCCCGCAGCCGCAGCCCCCACACCCCCAACUCGGCAAGUGUUGCUCUCUGGCCUACCCUAGUUCAAAAUCCUGGGUCUGCCACUUCUAGAAAAAGCAGUUCGCACAGAUCAACCUCAGCUCGAGAUCCUCCAGCUUUAGCUUGCUCGAGCUCGGCUCAUUGACAGCCCUCCCGGCUCCCGCUCAGGGCUCAGCCGCUCAGAUCAUCUCCUCCCUGUCUGUUUCUUAGCUUUCCCUUCUCUCGGACUCUCUCCUCCCUCACUCUUCCUUCCCCGACGGCGACGACUGGGCGAGCGGCGGCGCCAUUUGUCCUGUCUUCGCCUGGGCCUUUGCCGGCGAUGAGCGCAUCCUCCAGAAUUAUUGGGUGUACAUGUGUACGCCGAUGUUCUAUGCUGGGUCCGCCCCUGCUGGUUGGGAUUCGGCCAAGCUGCUCUCCUCCUUCCCGUGCAUUUGCAGCUGUCAGAGCUCAAAAGAUUCAGCUCCCCAGGAAAAAAAGGCGACUGGAUGAAGUGUGCUUGGAAAGGUUUCAACAAUAUAGUAGAACGUACAUCCAGUCAUGGAUUCUUCAAGGUAAAGUCAUUGUUGAUGGAAGAGUUGUGAAUAAAGCUGGAACACAAGUAUCUGACAAGUCAGUCAUUGAAAUUAAGGCUGAAAUCCCAAAAUAUGUGUGUAGAGCAGGACAUAAGCUUGAGGCAGCUAUCAAAGAAUUUGGUAUUGAUUGUGAUGGAAAGAUAGCCCUUGAUUCGGGAUUAUCCACUGGAGGCUUUACUGACUGUUUACUUCAGCAUGGAGCAUCACAUGUUUAUGGUGUAGAUGUUGGCUAUGGACAGGUAGCUGAAAAAAUCCGUACACAUGAACGUGUCUCAGUGAUCGAACGUACAAAUUUGAGAUAUCUUACUCAAUUGCCACAACCAGUUGACUUGGUCACACUGGACCUGUCAUUUAUCUCAAUUCUCUUGGUUAUGCCUGCUGUUAUCAAAGUAAUGAAGGUGGACUCUACAUUGAUAACACUUAUCAAGCCUCAAUUUGAAGCUCGCAGAUCACAGGUAGGAGGUGGUGGGAUUGUUCGAGAUCCCCUGGUUCAUAAAGAGGUACUGGAUAGAAUAAUUUCAGGCGUGGAAGAGUUUGGAUUCUGCAAUAAAGGCUGGAUCGAAUCUCCCAUAAAGGGCGCAGAAGGGAACAAGGAGUUUCUUGCUUGCUUCCACAGGAUCCCAAUAUCAGAAUCGCAACCAGAAGUAGAGACAAAGGCAGAGGCCGAAGCUACAUGAUAGAGAAUGCAGCUUGAAACCUGUAACCAAGGAUGAUAUAUCAUCAAUCAGAACGUGCCAUUAAGCAUCUGGAAGCUCCACUAAUGCUGGAAAGUUGUGUUGUUUGUGUUAGAAAAUAGGCCAAGUACGGUCAGUGAGAUACCUAGGAGAGAUACAAAAUUUUGAAGCACUUGAUUCUGAAGUUCUAGGGGUCCACUUGCUGUUCCUCCGGAGAGUAAGAACAAACAUGCAGAGAAUGGUCAGCCCGUUGUUUAUUGUGGAGCAUGUCACCUGAUUGUGACAUACAGUCUACAUUAACCGCCCAGUAUCCUAUCCUACCAAACACUGACGCAGGCAGUUUUCGUGUAUAAUUUGUUCAGGGGUCUGCAUGUGGUA